UGACUAGACGGCCAACCUGUUAAGGUGGCCCCAGGCAUUCCAGCCUCAGCCCAGCGUCCUCCUGUGCCCCUACUGCAGCAAGGGGGUCUCCAAGAAGGGGGACCUGGAGUCAGCCCAUCACACCUGGUUUCCUCUCUGCUAGGAGCUUCAUCCCAUAGAGCACCGGAGGGCAGUUGAGGAGGAGCUGCCUUAAAAAAGGAGGUGUGUGCCAGGGAGCUGGGUAGGUGCCUGGCUGUAUAUCUGCCCGGCUAUAUAUUUGCCCAGCAGUGGUACUCUCGGGACAGAGAUGGCACUGAUGCAGGAACUGUACAGCACGCCAGCCUCCAGGCUGGACUCCUUCGUGGCUCAGUGGCUGCAGCCCCACCGGGAGUGGAAGGAGGAGGUUCUAGAUGCUGUGCGGACCGUGGAGGAGUUUCUGAGGCAGGAGCAUUUCCAGGGAAAGCGUGGGCUGGACCAGGAUGUGCAGGUGCUGAAGGUAAUCAAGGUGGGCUCCUUCGGGAAUGGCACGGUUCUCAGGAGCACCAGAGAGGUGGAGCUGGUGGCGUUUCUGAGCUGUUUCCACAGCUUCCAGGAGGCAGCUAAGCACCACCAAGAAGUUCUGAGGCUGAUACAGAAAACCAUGUGGCAAAGCCAGGACUUGCUGGCCCUUGGGCUUGAGGACCUGAGGGUGGAGCAGAGAGUCCCCAAUGCUCUCGUCCUCACCAUCCAGACCAGAGGGACUGCGGAGCCCAUCACGGUCACCAUCGUGCCUGCCUACAGAGCCCUGGGGCCUUCUCUUCCCAACUCCCAGCCACCGCCUGAGAUCUAUGUGAGCCUGAUCAAGGCCUGUGGUGGUCCUGGAAAUUUCUCCCCAUCCUUCAGCGAGCUGCAGAGAAAUUUUGUGAAACAUCGGCCAACUAAGCUGAAGAGCCUCCUGCGCCUGGUGAAACACUGGUACCAGCAGUAUGUGAAAGCCAGGUCCCCCAGGGCCAAUCUGCCCCCUCUCUAUGCUCUCGAACUUCUAACCAUCUAUGCCUGGGAAAUGGGUACUGAAGAAGAUGAGAAGUUCAUGUUGGACGAAGGCUUCACCACUGUGAUGGAGCUGCUCCAGGAGUAUGACGUCAUCUGUAUCUACUGGACCAAGUACUACACACUCCAGAAUGCAAUCAUUGAGGAUUGUGUCAGACAACAGCUCAAAAAAGAGAGGCCCAUCAUCCUGGAUCCUGCUGACCCCACCCACAACGUGGCAGAAGGGUACAGAUGGGACAUCGUCGCUCAGAGGGCCUGCCAGUGCCUGAAACAGGUCUGUUGCUAUGACAACAGGGAGAACCCCGUCACCAGCUGGAACGUGAAGAGGGCACGAGACAUCCAUGUGACAGUGGAGCAGAGGGGUUACCCAGAUUUCAACCUCAUUGUGAACCCUUAUGAGCCCAUAAGGAAAGUUAAAGAGAAAAUCCGGAGGACGAGGGGCUACUCUGGCCUGCAGCGUCUGUCCUUCCAGGUUCCUGGCAGUGAGAGGAAGCUUCUCAGCAGCAGAUGCUCCUUAGCCCAAUAUGGGAUCUUCUCCCACACUCACAUCUAUCUGCUGGAGACCAUCCCCCCCGAGAUCCAGGUCUUCGUGAAGAAUCCUGAUGGUGGGAGCCACGCCUAUGCCAUCGAUCCCAACAGCUUCAUCCUGGGUCUGAAGCAGCAGAUUGAAGACCAGCAGGGGCUUCCUAAGAAGCAGCAGCAGCUAGAAUUCCAAGGCCAAGUCCUGCAGGACUGGUUGGGUCUGGGGAGCUACGGCAUCCAAGACAGUGACACUCUCAUCCUCUCUAAGAAGAAAGAGGGAGAGGCUCUGUUUCCAUCCAGUUAGUUUUCUCUGGGAAACUUCUGUGUACAUUUCUGCCAUCUACUCCAGAACUCAUCCUGUCAGUCACUCUGUCCCAUUGUCUACUGGGAAGGUCCCAGGUCUCACCAGCUUUAUAAUGAGUUAUCCCAGGCUGGACGUGGUAGCUCGCACUUGUACUCCCAGAACUUUGGGAGGCUAAGGUGGGAGGAGCGCUUGAGCCAAGGAAUUCAAGACCAGCCUGGGUAUCAUAGGCAGACCCCAUCUCUACAAAAUAAAAAAUAAUUCACUGGG